AUGGGGUCGAGGCCCCCGAGAUAUGGGAAUGGAAUCCCUAACGGCUCUGCGAAUGGUCCAGCGAAUGGCUUCCAACAUACUGUGACAGCCCUCAGCAGAUGGUCCAUACUGAGCGCACAUCUUCCUGCUCCCGAAAAGAUCAACACGAUCCACGUCUAUGAUUUCGAUAAUACGCUAUUCCAGACACCUCUGCCGAAUCCGAGGCUAUGGAAUAGUACGACCCUGGGUCGCCUGGGGAGCCCUGAUAUCUUUGUCAAUGGUGGAUGGUGGCACGAUUCGCGCAUACUUGCUGCUACGGGCGAUGGCGUCGAGCGCGAGGAGCCGCGUGCGUGGGACGGCUGGUGGAACGAAAAGAUCGUCGAGCUAGUUCGGCUGAGUAUGAAACAGAAGGAUGCCCUCUGCGUGCUGUUAACGGGCCGUAGCGAGCGUGGCUUCUCCGAUUUAAUCAAACGCAUCGUUACCAGCAAGGGCCUGGAAUUUGAUAUGAUAGGUUUGAAGCCAGAGGUUGGACCGAAUAGUGAACGAUUCAAGAGCACCAUGUUUUUCAAGCAAGCCUUUCUGACCGCCGCAAUCGAGACGUAUAAGUAUGCGCAAGAGAUCCGCAUAUACGAAGAUCGCCCCCAUCACGUCAGUGGAUUCAGGGUCUUCUUGGAAGAAUAUAACGAACGCCAGAAAGAGAUGCGCGGCGAGCCGUCUCGCGGCCCUAUCACAGCAGAAGUCAUUCAGGUUGCAGACAUCUCCACAACCUUGGACCCAGUUGUCGAGGUCGCCGAAAUACAACAUUUGAUUAACAGCCACAACCUUAUAGUCGAUGAUCGAACGAAACGAGGUCGCAGUGAACGCCUGACCAUAAGAAAAACAGUGUUCUUCACUAGUUACAUGAUCCAACCGGAAAUUACUAGGCAAUUGAUUGAACUAGUUGCCCCUCAUUUACCUGAUGGCGAGGUCAAGUAUCAAGCAAACGCUGUGAUCAUCACCGCCAAGCCAUGUCCACCUAACAUACUAGAAAAAAUUGGCGGGAUGCACUCUAAGAUGCGGUGGAGUGUGGCGGGAAUUGGAUCGUGGGAUAACAAUCUCUGGGCUGUUUCUCUCCAACCUGUCCCCGCAUCAGCACCGUAUCAUACUGAUUCUGCAACUCCAUCCGUCGUCAUCGCCACCCGUCGCGGCGCUCGCCCUUCGGAUGUAAACAGGAUCCAGCACUGGCAACCUAUACCGCCUGAAAAAGCAUUUGUGUUUGAGACCGAAGUCGGCGAGAAGGUCAUGUUGCGCAUUGAGGCCGAAGACGGUGAGGAUGAUGAGAGUGAUAGCUUUGCCCAGCGAGGCAAGCGCAAGCAACCCCGAGCAGAUGGUGAUGACCGGCAACAACGCUCUGCAAGCGGUGGAUACGGCCACAAUAACGCACGGGGCUAUCACACCGCGAGCCACCCCGGCCGUGGCGGAAGCCGCGGCGGUUUUAGGGGCGGUCCUUCGAGUCGAGGACAUCGUGGGGCUUCCGGUGGCCGGAGAGCUGGACGUGGUGGGCGUGGUGGACGAGGCGGUUAUCGAUCACUAGAUGAUCUAGGGACUCGAGAUGGACAAGGCGGUGUUUCCUACGACGAUAAUUUCCCGUCGUUAGGCAGCCACCAGCCUACAUCUCAACCAGGUAUCCCGUCUCAGCAAAACCAAUCUUUGCCGCAGCAAGGCGGCCAGUGGCCACCAUCCGGUAACUUUGGGACCGGGGCCCCGGAUCUCCAGAAAUUUUAUUGA